AUGGUAUUGCCUCAGACUGCCGAUGCUCAGAUGAUACCAGCGACCACACUCUUGUUCCAAUGCACCAUCUGUCAACGAGCAUUCUCCCGAGUAGACCAUCUCUCGCGGCAUGUGCGUACUCACACGCUUGAAAAGCCUUAUAGUUGCGAGUUUUGCGACAAGAAGUUUUCACGAGUGGAUCUUUUAAAGCGCCAUGCUUGUCGACAGGCUCCUUACGGCAAUUCUAGGACCUCCAAAUCUCAUCUUGGAGUGACUUAUCGAGUCGGUCAAGCAUGUAAAGCAUGUGCUGCUUCCAAAAUAAGAUGUACCGAUAGUAAGCCUUGUCAUCGCUGUGUGAACAAGAACAUCACCUGUGAGGUUGACUGUCCGGAAGAGCCGACACAUACUCCAAACCUCGAUACAGCUGGUAUAGCGAUACAAAACGUCCCACCGCAAACUUCGGAUUUGUCGACUCCGGGAGAACUCGAUCUGGCAUCCGUGGACAUUGAAACACAGCCUGCAUUGCACUCCGAAAGUUUACCGUCACUUGUCACUUCAUCCCAUACCGCAGCGGACUCUGUCGUACUCACACCCUCCCUAGACAGUCAUAGCACUAUGUCUUGUAGCUUCGCAGUGCCGGCCACACCAAACUUCGAUCUGAACGUUGCAGAGUCAAGCGAGACGUACGCAGACUUUCUGAAAUGCUUGCUUGAUAACGGUUCCUAUAACAACAUGUACCCACCGCUUAUGUCUGCGGAUGACUUUAGCGUUGGCUUUUGGGACGACUACCUUGAUGCGAACAUGAGCUUCCAGAGCAACGCUGAUGUUCAAGGUUCUGUAGCGCCGAUGAUUAUGAAUACAUCCACAACGCACACAGGUUCCCGGAACGGCAGUAAAGACAUAAACACACUUGAGCAAAAGGCUUUUCACGCAGCUGCAAAUGCUUUUGAGGAGUCCGGAUGGAAUUGGUCUCCUAGUUCUCAAGAUCAUCGAUCUGCAGACCAUGGCGGCCUCUCACUGCCACACGAUUGGGCCCGUCAGGAAAGCAUUCUCCAACCAGACGACGACUUCUUGGCAAAGCAAAUGCGACCGACAGAUCGUGAACGAGUCAUGGGACUCUUGUUGACUUAUUGCUCCAAACAACAUCUAGCAAGAAUGGUUUCAACCUUCCCAUCAAUUAGCGCUUUAAACGGUCUCGUUCAUCGCUUCCUUCGUUGUCAAAUUUCCAGUCAUGAGCCGUGGAUUCACAUUCCUAGUUUUGAUCUAACUACGAUACGCCCUGAGCUUUUGGCUGCCAUCCUGGCGCACGGAGCAUGUUCUACGCCUGUUGAAGUGAUAACAAGGCUUGGCUAUGCAAUGAUAGAUAUUGUUCGUACGGCCGUCAUUGAUAAUUGGUAUAGCGACAAUAGUCUGUCACGAGAUCUGCAGCUCUUGCAGUCGCUGCUGCUUACACUCAAUCUGGCGAUGUGGAGUGGCAAUAGAUGCAUGAUGGAGAUAGCAGAAUCCACCAUGGGUCCAAGCAUUACAAUCGUACGACGAGCUGGAUGGCUGCGGGAAGAUCUGUACCCGGUCAUCGAACUUCAAGCUUCUGAGGAAGGCAUGCAAUUACAUCAAAAGUGGACUGCUUGGAUACAACAAGAGUCGAGGAAACGGCUUUGCUAUCGCACAUUCUUGUUCGACGCUCGAGUGUCUUUGACACGGAUGACCAGUCCCACAAUGUCAUUCACAGAAAUGACAUUGCCAUAUCCUGAUAAGGCUGAGCUUUGGUCAGCUACCAAUGCAUUAGAAUGGAAAGCCCUUUACCUCGAGCAUUGUCAACACAAAACGCCCCGCUCGAGAGUAUCACUCGCCGAGGACAUGCGUGCGUUGAUUAGUGAAAGCAGUAUCCCAGUAGACUGUGAUACAGCAUGGCGCAACGAUGUCUUGCUGCACGGUUUGUGGAGGCUGAUCUGGGGUCAUCGCGAGGUGGAAGAUCUGUUACAAAUCUCGAGUCCCGAACACGACGAAUCAUCCUCCUCGCUCCCCUCACGCGGGGAAGGACUGGCAAAGAUUCUGAACAAACUCAGACUGGAAGUCGAGCUAGCAUCGACAAUGAAACCAAGCGACGUCACUGGAGAUGCGAUUAUGAUUCAAGAGUUCUUGAACAUGACACUACAUGCAUCCAUACAAUCACUACAGGCCUUCGCUGGUAAAGACGGCGUAGCAGCUGCGCAGCGAGUAUACCCCAUGCUAGAGGAAUGGACUCAGUCGAAAUCAGCAAGACGAGCUGUUUGGCACGCAGGCCAACUCAUCCGAGCGGCACAAGCAACCUCAACACGACCGAUACGAGAGUGGCGUGUGGUAGUUGUUUACCACGCCAGUCUAGUUUUCUGGGCCUACGGAAUAAUAAGCAGCAUACGUCAAAAGCGGGACGCGGUUUCAGAUACUGAUUCCCAAACCAAGGCCGCCGUAUGUCUAGACGGAGAACAAGAUACUAUGGUUCGACGCUUCAUCAACCUCGGAGAAGGCGAACCAUGUCUACUCAACCACUCGAGCUCUCCGGACGCAAGUCACGAUGACUCUUUUAUAUCCCAGAAAGUACCGUUGCGCAAGGCGAGCAAAAUCAUGCAGAUGACGGCCCAGAUCCUGACGGAGCAGGUGGCGGGAGAUUGCAGGAUAUCCCCACCGCUCACUGAGCGCUUUGCAAGACUGAUGAACGAGCUUGCUAGAUCUGCCAGAGCGAUAGGUCUGGGUUGA